UUUUAAUACCAUUUUAACAUCAAUUUAAAUUCGAAGACUAUUAUAAAAUUUGAAAAUUAUCACAAAAUUUAAAAUUAUUAUAAAAUUGAAGAAAUCAACAUAAAUUAACUAUUUGAAGUAAAGUAAACGUUUAAUAAAAGCUAACUUGAUGAAGUAGAUGUAAGAUUUGGACAAUUUGAAAUGGAUUCCGGAGUAUUAUUGAAAUUGCCUUCGGAUUGGCAAGUGAAGAUCCGUGAUGAGAUGGUAUCGAAGUUGAGUUUAUGUAUUGAUAAGGGCCAGGCGAAGACUGUGGCUGAGGAGACUUGGGAGUAUUUAUCGCAGGAGAAAUUUAAUAAACAGCAGCUGACAAAUAAACUAAAAACUUAUUUACUCCAACAUGCUUCAGAUUUUACAGAAUGGCUUUACGACUUUGUGCAAAAAACUGUUGAAUACUAUCAUGAAACACAUUUACCACUAAACGAAGAAAAUUUGAGUGAAACGCAGACCACUCUUAGCACUGCUGCUAGUAAUACCAACACUAGUAACACCAAUACUAGCAACACUAAUAUCAGUAAUACUAAUACUAGUGGUGAUACGUUUAUGAAGACUGAGAAAGUGGAAAUGUUGAAAGAGUCGAGAUCAAGACUAAUGAAAAAUGCUCUAAAGGACAUACACUCUUCAAGUGAUUCACUCAAGAGUUCGAAAUCAAAUAAUCAGGGCGCAGUGGCAAACGAGACUGAAGAUAAAUUGGAAGCUGUUGAUAAGAAGAAGAAGCUUUUAGACGCAUUGGACCAACCGUUGGAUAAGCUGAUUUUGAAGGAAAAAAUCGCAAAAUUACAAGGACAAAGCGUCCCACUAGGAGUAAAGACCAAGAGCGAGAAGUUCAAAAUCAAUGAUACAGAGAAGCACAAAAUUGAUACAGAAAAUUUCAAACUUACCAACGAAACUUACAAAAUUUCGAAUGAAAAGUACAAGCUUAGUACUGAAAAUUUUAAUCCCAAGAGGAAGAAGAAUUCAUUUUAUAAGAAUCUGACACUGGUUAACGAUUCCAGCGGGAAUUCCGAACCAGUAGAAACAGCAGUUAAUGGAGAAGAGGAAAGUGUAAAGGUGGUAAAGGUACCAAAGAGGUGUAUUAAUUAUCCAAACUGCGAGUUUGGGGAAAAAUGCAGAUACAUUCACCCGAACAACGUACCUUGUAAAAACUGGCCCAAUUGUUUCUUCGGGACUAAUUGCGCCUUUUUACACCCAAACCAAUAAAUCUCAUACCACUUUCCAAUACUCCAUUAACUCACUAUAGUAUUAAACUAUACUAUUUAUUAAAAAU